AUGUCUCAACCUUCUGUCUUAACUCCUAACAAGCACACCAAGGAGCAAUCCAACCCUAAAAAUGUAGAUACUGAGGUAAAUCUCUUUGAUGUCAUUACUGAUGUCGUUCCGCUCUCGAUAGUUCCUGUCCAUGCAACCCCUAUAAGGAAGGAUAGAACAUCUGCUUCAAGGAAAGGUAAUCCCUCUAAAGUAAGUACCUCUUCCUCUCCAUCCAUGACUACUAAAAAAGUAAAAACCCUUGAACCCUCUACUGCUGUAAAGAAAUUCCAUUCUAUGACUAGUCUGUAUCUUGAUCCCAUUAGUGUUGAACCUAAUGUUGGUGUUUAUAAAGAAUGUCUUGUUAUUCCAAAUGUUAUGGAAGAUGUUGAAGCCUCUAAAACCAGUAAUAGACCUAGGUCUGUUACUACUUUGAGUAAAUUCAUCAUGAUCGUUGCGGACAUAAAUGACGUAGAUAAGAAUAUUUGUGUGCUGAUCUCUCGAGUGUUAGACAACGAGGGGUCUGAAGUGAUAACUGGUGAUCUGGAUGACAAAGAUGAAAACUCUGUUGAGAAAAAGGAUCAAUCCACUGACAUAGUAAAUAUAGAGGAUCUGGACUCUGAUGAUGUACCCAUUUGUCAAAGUCUGGCUCUAGGGAUAGCUAAAAAGUUAAAGAACAAAAAAGGUCAAGAUAUUGAAUCCUCUAACAUGCCCUCCAAAUCUCUCAGGAAAAGAGCUAGUGUUGUCCAUACAAAAAGAUGGAUCAAGGACAUCAUUUCUGCUGCCAGAAAGCAAGCAUUUGAGAAAAAGAUUCCAGCAAAUAUUCCUGAAGUUCCAAAUGACAACAUUUCCUUUCACUUUGUGGAGAAUGUUGAAAAAUGGAAAUUUGUUUAUCAAAGAAGAUUAGCACUUGGAAGGGAACUAGGAAAAUAUGCUUUUGAAUGCAAAGAGGCGACGAGUCUGACUCAAGAGGCUGGAUUAAUGAAAACUGUGACUGGGUUUGGAAAGUGUUAUGAAAUGCUUGUUAAAGAAUUUAUUGUAAACAUCUCUAAUGAAUGUGAUAACAAGAGGAGCAAGGAGUUUAGAAAAGUAGAGAUUACUGCUAAACAAUUAAAGGAAUGGCCAAUGAAAGGGAAGCUGUCCACGAGUGCCUUGAGUGUGAAGUAUGUUGUACUUCACAAAAUUGGAGCUGCUAAUUGGGUACCAACUAAUCACACUUACAACAUUGCUAUAGGAUUAGGUAAGUUUAUUUAUAUUGUAGGGACCAAGUCAAGCUUUGAUUUUGGAUCCUAUAUCUUUGAUCAAACUAUGAAGUAUGAUGCCUCUUAUGCUAUGAAUAUGCCAAUAGUCUUUCCCUCAUUGAUCCAUGGUGUUAUUCUGAGUCAACAUCCAAGUAUCUUAAUCAGUUCUGACAGUAUUUACAAAGGGGACCCUCCUCUCUCAUUACAUUAUAAGGUGUUCAAUGGGAAACAUGUUCCAGACAUUGUCAUGACAUCUGGACAUACAUCUUCCUGGCCUACUAUUAGAACAUACAUCCUUGCUGAGCUAAAAGAUACCUGCAAGACCUUGGGUGAAACUAUCAAAAGUUGUACUAAGAGGAAACGUAAGAUUGAAAUGUUAAUAAAGGUCUUAUCUGAAGAAGAAGGAACUUUGAAAGGUGUUGGAAUAGGUGAAGAAGAGGAAAAUUAA